UGUAGACCAUGCAUCAGGCUUCAGUUCGGUUCGCUAUGGUUCGCGAUCUGUUGCCACUGGUAAAGAUUUGACGAUUUCCGAGUUCGUUAACCAUCUGUGACCGUUACUGACAGCCUGUAUCCGAUUACGGAGUGACGGUGUCGGCGGCAUAAUCGCAUAAUCACCUGAGUUAUCUAGCGACGACAGCAAGGAGAAAGUUCUGUCGCAACGUUCUGUCAAUUGCGUUACGUCAGCGUUAUUCUUCUGCUACCAGAUGUCACGAUGAAGAGGUUAAUUCUCUGAGGCAUCGCAGAUUGAUCGAAGAUGUCAGAGCCUACAGAGAGUCAGGUGGAACAGUGCGACAUAGUCCUACCGAGACAAGGUCUGCUUUAUCAGACAGAUACAUUGAAUUACAUACUUUGUAAGCCAAAGUUGAUUCCGUUGAAAUCAGUCACGUUGGAGAAACUCGAGAAGAUGCAGAGAGACGCGGAGAUCAAAGUCAAAGAGUCGCAAGAGGCAGAGGAUAGUCCUAAUGCAAGUGCAUAAGCAUUCGAUAG